GGACAUGACAAGACGGCAACGCAUCCCAGUGGGCGACGCUGCAAUGGUGAGCAGACGUAGCCAGCUCUUGAAGAUUCAAGAUGGCGACGCCCAUGCACAGAAUAAUUGCCCGUAGGCAGGCGGAAGCAAAUAAGCAACAUGUUCGGUGCCAGAAGUGCUUGGAAUUCGGGCAUUGGACAUACGAAUGCACCGGGAAAAGGAAGUACCUACACAGACCUUCGAGGACAGUAGAAAUGAAGAGGAGGCUGAAAGAAAACGAAAACCAACUGGCGGUCAUGCCAGGACCUGGAAAGGAAGGCUCUAGUGAGAAGAAGAUGAAGAAGAAAAGGACGAAGGAGUCGAGCAGCUCCGGCAGCAGCGGCGGCAGCAGCAGCAGCAGCGAUACCGACAGCUCGUCCAGCGACUCCUCCUCGGACAGCGAGGACUCGUCCAGCUCGUCCUCGGACAGCAGCGACAGCAGCAGCGACAGCGAGGACAGCUCCAGCUCGUCAUCUUCCUCCAGCAGCUCCAGCUCCGACUCCGACUCGUCCUCCAGCAGCAGCAGCUCCAACGAGGGGCCGCCCAAGAAGAGGAAGAAGAAGAAGUAAGAGAGUGGGAUUGUGCUGUGUUCUGGAAGCGGAACACCAGCUCUCCUGGGAUACUGUUGCCACGCUCAGAGCUGUAGUGUUCCUUAACGGUGGAAUCUGGUGUCAUUCGAUUGUGAAAACUCUAACACAGUUUCCUCUCACGAGGCCUUUUUUCUUUUUUUUUUUUUUUUUUCCUUGACAGUUUGAAGAAUGGUGUGUCUCGCUCCCUCUCGUAACAUCCAUGUUAAAAAACGUUUCUUCUCCCCCCUAACAAGGAAUAUGAAGAUCUCGGCGAUCUUUUAUUUUUCCUGUUUACAUCUGCACAAAGUUUCAGAAUUUUGUACAGAUUGUAGAAUGUCCAAAGCCACAAGACGUUUUUGCAUAGAUGUUGAGAUUACACAUAAAGCUGAGUUGAUUUUUCAAUAUGAAACGUUUUUCAGCAUUAACCACCACAACACAUAGACAUUUCAACGUACGCUUAUUGGUUGGAGCAGAGAGAAAAAGUAAUACAGGGUCUGGAAACCAGUAAGAUUUGAUUGUAUUGCUAUCUUUGGGGAGGUAUUUUAUGAACAGCUAUGUAUUUUUUUAAAUACCAUUUUGCUUAAGAUGUAUUUGGUGGCAUUCUACAUAAACAGUUACAAAAGCCACAUAUGUUCUGCAUGUAAACUUGUAAAGUUUCUGGCAUUUAAAGCAGAUUCUGAAGACUGUAAAUAAUGCACAACAUCUUGAGGGAUUCCCUCUUAAUGUAUUGUGCAUGAUGUCUUAAAGAUUUUGUUUUCCAAGAAAUGUUGAAUUAGGACUCCUCUGUGUUGAGAUAUCUCCUCUCCUGAAGCCAGUAUAUGAAGUCAGAAGUUUAAAUUUGGCUUGACCCGUUUCUUCAUGGUAUCACUUAGCUUGCUGUGCUUGGCUUGGGUCAAUCUGUUCCAAAAAUUGUUCUGUUUUAAAUUAUUCCCGUUUCAUGGUAGGUUCAGGUGUUCUUUAUACCAUAGUUUAUCUAAAAAAACUUGUCAGUGGUGUGAGAUCAACAGCACAACCAUUAUCUUGUGCUUUGAAUGACUUUUGUAGUUUUGUUCAAUAUCAGAAUGUUUAAUGAAAGUCAUUGUUUUUUAUUUUUAUAAUGCUCUCCGAUGUCAAAAUAAAAUAUACUACAAU